AUCAAACACACACGCACAUUACACUUGCUUGUUUAGCUGUAACAGGUGUUUUGGUUAAGGGCCUUUAAAUUUGUAUCACCUGUCUUCAUGACACGUCACUUUGGGUCCCUUCUCUGCCAAUCGGUUUCAACGAAACAGCUGAAAGCAGGUCUCAGAAUGUCUAACUUGUGGUCACUGUCGGUGUUUUGUUUGACCCUCUAUGUCACGUGCCAGGCAUUUGGCCUCCCGGGCGGCUGGAGCCCAGCCACUCUUGCAAACGAUCAUCCAGUUGUAGUCUUCCUGAUGACCAAGGUCAACCAGACCUACGCUGAGCAAGGGGACAGCGCAGAACGAACACUGGUCAAAACUGAGGUCAAACAACAGGUGGUCGCUGGAGUGAACUACGACAUUACUGCAUACCUCGAGGCUGGGCUGGAGAGAGAUAAAUGUGUUGGUGUUGUAUGGGCCAGAGAGUGGCUCAAUGAGCCAGACAGGUACCAACUAACUAAAGGACCAAACUGUACUAAGGUUUAAAGACUUUAAGCUCAAGUAUCACAACAAAGGUUGCACCAAGGGGAUACAACAAGAGUUACAACAAGGGUUACAACACGAUUGAAAGAAUAAAGAAAAGAGUGAAAUAAAAAGAAUUGGCUUAUAUAUAGUUUUGGUUUGUUAAUUUAGCCAAAUAUGUUAUUGUUUUCUGUAAAAUAUCAAAGCUGAAAAAAAAUAUUUAUAAAUGAGAAAAUAAAAUAAUUUUAAAACAUUU